AUGGUCGGAGUCCCUCAUAGCACAGGCUGCGCUCGGUGCCGCGAAAGACGCAUCAAGUGCGACGAGGCCGUCCCCCAAUGCUCGCAAUGCCGGAAAUACGGUCGCCCCUGUCCAGGCUACCGUCGCACUUUUCGCUUCCAAGAUGAAGGACCAGCCCUCCAACGCCGGCACCAGUCCCGGUCCCAGUCUCGCAGACCUCCAGAGACAACCGCAGACGCAGACGCAGACGCAGCGGCAGCUGCAGCUGCCGUGCGCAACAACGCCCUCGCGAUGAUGCGCCAGACCCGUUCAGAGGACUCCUGCUCGUCGCAAUCCCAAGCCCACCUCCAACAGCAAAUGCAGCUGCAAAUGCAACAACCACACCUCUUCGCCUCCUUCCUCCACUCCGCCUUCCCCACCCUGUACACCUCCAACAUCUUUCGCGCCCACAACCGCCCCGACUUCCUGGCGCACGUCGCCUCCUCCUACGCCUCCGGCGCAACCCCCUACCUCGCCGCCACCCUCGCCUGUCUCACAUCCAUCUACACCGCGCAGUUCUCAUCCGAUCCAGCCCAGCACACGCGCCGCAGCCGCCAGCUGUACUCGCACGCACUUACGCAUGUUGUCGCGGCACUGCACUCGCCCGCUGCAUUGUCCGCCCCGCUCCUCGCCACGAUCAUGAUGCUCGCCGUGUACGAGAUGUACGCGCGGACGUCGCCGGACGCGUUUGUGGUGCAUGUCGAUGGUGUCCGGAGGAUUAUGCUGGCGAGGGGGCCUGUCGAAGCCGACUCCGACACCGACGACAACGACGACGACGACGAACAACAACAACAAGCGAGCGCGGGCAGUGAAGGCCCCGGCUUCGCUCGCGGCUGCUACAUCGCCUUCCGCGGAUUCCUCGUCGCGACGGCCAUCUACGAGGGGCGCGCGUGCUUCCUGGACGAGGAGCCGUGGCUGCGGUUUGCGGGACGCAUCCGCGCCGAGGAUGCGCGCAAGGCGGGGCCGCAGGGCAGGGUGGUGGAUGUGUGUGAGCGGAUCUGGAUGGAGGUCGUGCGGUGUCCGCGGUAUUUUGCGGAGGCAUUGCCGGAGGACCCCCGGGAGGGUCGCUCGGGCGUGCCUGAGGGUGAGGGUGAGGGUGAUGGUGGGGGCGAGGAGGUGGAUGAUGGGCUAGUCGCCAGGGUGCGGGCGACGAGGCGCCGGCUGGUUCGUCUGGUUCAGGAGUUGCGGGGGGUGCUGGGGGGUGGAGAUGCUGGCCGGGAGACAGGGCCGGGACUCCUGCUCCAAGGAGCGGAGGAUCUGGUGGCUGCGCUGCAGAGCCUGCUGGUUUGGCUUCGGGUUGGACGAGCACGAGGACGGAAGUUCCGCUUGGAGUCUGAAUUUCAACGUGGGGUGUCGAGUGCGUCGAGCGAGGCUUUGCCUGUCACCUGGCUGGACCGGGUGGCGUCCUCGAUGGGGGUGAUUGGGUUGAGGAUCAUCUGCGAGGAUUGA